CCCGGCGCCGCACGCCCCGCGCCCCGCCGCUGAGGGGGAACUGGGUUACAGUUCUGGCUGAAGACCCAAAGUGAUCUACAUGUGCUUCACUGUCCAUUGGAAGAAUGACAGAUGACAAAGAUGUACUUCGGGAUGUGUGGUUCGGACGAAUACCAACCUGUUUCACCCUCUAUCAGGAUGAAAUAACUGAAAGGGAAGCUGAACCUUACUAUUUGCUUUUGCCAAGGAUAAGCUACUUGACACUGGUAACAGACAAAGUGAAGAAACACUUUCAGAAAGUUAUGAGACAAGAGGAAGUUAGUGAAAUAUGGUUUGAAUAUGAAGGUACACCACUGAAAUGGCAUUACCCAAUUGGUUUGCUGUUUGACCUGCAUGCAUCAAAUACAGCCCUUCCCUGGAGCAUCACAGUGCAUUUCAAGAAUUUUCCAGAAAAGGAUCUUCUCCACUGCCAUUCUAAGGAUGUAAUUGAAGCUCAUUUUAUGGCUUGUAUCAAAGAAGCAGAUGCUUUAAAGCACAAAAGUCAAGUCAUCAAUGAGAUGCAAAAAAAGGAUCACAAGCAGCUGUGGAUGGGAUUACAGAAUGAUAAAUUUGAGCAGUUCUGGGCAAUAAAUCGAAAGCUCAUGGAGUACCCUGCAGAAGAGAGUGGAUUUCGAUACAUCCCAUUUAGAAUUUAUCAGGCCACAACAGAGAGACCUUUUAUACAGAAGCUAUUUCGACCAAUUGCUUCAGGAGGAGAGUUGCAUACUUUGGGAGAUCUGCUAAAAGAUGUCUGUCCUAGUGCUAUCACCCCUGAAGAUGGAGAGCAGAAGACUCAAGUGAUGAUUCAUGGAAUUGAGCCAAUGCUGGAAACACCCUUACAGUGGCUAAGUGAACAUAUGAGCUAUCCAGAUAAUUUUCUCCACAUUAGUAUCAUUCCCCGACCUACCGAUUGAAACUCGGCAGCGCUGGCACGAGGAUCGCUCUCCAGCCGGAACCGCAAGGCCACAUCGACUCCUUGCUUCUCCCAGUCUUGACUGAGGCAGAGCCUGACCAGAAGAAAAAGACACACACACACACACACACAAAAACCCCAAACCCAACAGAACAACCCCGAAACAAAACAAGAAGUCCUCACUGCUGCAAGCCAAACAGGAAGAGAGAUCCUAUCCCCAGAUAAGGGCCAUCGGGGCUCAUCUUCUUUUGCGUCAUCGCCGCUUUUCUUCACCGCUGUCAUUAAACCAGUUGCGAUACGAAGGAAUUCACAGGACCUCCGCUGCAAGCCUGCUGUUUUCUUGUACAAUAGAGCCAAGCUGCAACUGUCAGAUGGAAAUGUGCCACUUGAUUGUAUUUCUGGUUAACAAAUAAACAGGGCUGUUUCCUAAAGCAGCAGUGUUUCGACUUGGGAGAGUGGAAACGUUGGUUUAAUUUUCUAGCAAGUUAGGGCACCGCCGAGGUUGGGUUACCAAUGGCUUUCUGUACCGGAUCAGAUUACUGUAAACCCAGCUUUCCUUAAUGAGAACUUCAUGUUUACAGUACGUCUAUUGGUAUGCAAAUGAGCUGCUUUUCUUUUUCCCCUUCACUUUGAUAACAAGCAGUGAGAGAGGUUUUGUUGCUUGGUUUCUUUCAAGUCAACCCAGCCAGCAUGUUUUGUCAUUUAAAGAACGUGCCCUGACCUCAGCAUCUACACAUCCCUUUUUGCUCUGUGUGCUGUCACUGAAUGCUCCACUCUGGCAUUCAAACCACUUUUCCUAGGCUAGCAGUGGUGUGGGGUAAUUUGUCAUGGCAUUGCUUUGUGCUCAUCUAAUUUUCUUUUCUUUUUUACCUCUUCCCCCCCU